AUGCCUCACCUGCUCUGUGCCUUACUUUCACUGUUUUCCUUUGCUGCCCUACUGGAAGCUGUGCAGUGGAAACUUCAGGAAAAUGUGUAUGUCAUAGAAUCUGAGUGGAAUGCUGAGACACCAGCUACGAGAGUGGAGCUCACCUGUAACUCACCCAAUGAAGCAGUUUACUGGAAAAAGGACUCUGAAUGGAAAGGAAAGGGAAAGACUCUGAUUGCUGAAGUGAAGGAGUUCCCAGAUGCUGGAAACUACACCUGUCUGGCGGAGAAUACCCAUGAAAUCCUCAGCUAUAAUUUCUUCCUCAUAAGCAAAAUCGACUCCAACGGGCAAAUGAUAAGGUCGAUUCUGAAAAGCUUUAAAGAGCCAAAGCGGACGUUUUUAAAAUGUGAGGCAAAGAACUACUCUGGAAUUUUCAUGUGUUCAUGGAUGACAGAAAAUGAGAAUCCAAAUGUGAAGUUCACCAUCAAAAGUCUAAAAGGCCCUCAGGGAGAUGUGACCUGCAGCAGCCCUGUGGCUCACACCGAUGGAUCAGUGACCAAAUACACGUCCCAGUGCCGCAAAGAAAACUACUGUCCCUUUGCUGAAGAGCACCAGCCCACUGACAUGUUCCUGGAGGUCAUCGAUGAGGUGGAAUAUGAGAACUACACCAGCAGCUUCUUCAUCAGAGAUAUCAUAAAACCUGACCCACCCCAAUGUCAGUAUGUGGCCACAAAUGGAAUGGUGACUUGGGAAUAUCCUAAAACAUGGAGCACCCCAAAGUCCUACUUCCCUUUGACUUUUAAGGUCAAAGUUAAAAGCGCGAAGAAACGCAAAAACCAGGUCGUCUAUGUUACUGAUGAACAGUCAUUCCACCUUCCAAACACUGGGCCGAAGGAUGAGAUUUCCGUGCAGGCCAGGGAUCGUUACUACCACUCAUCCUGGAGUGAGUGGUCUUCACUCUGCAGAUAACUAGUAAGAGAUUCCAGGAGGAUGGCACAAUACUCCUAAAGAAAGCAAAGAAUGAACCAGCACAAGAAUAUAAGCACAAUUUGAAGAAAAAUCUGCAUUUGAGAUUAUUAAGAAGUCAUAACAUCUUUUUUUUGUAAGAUAUGAAUAUGUUCCUGAUUUUGGCAGCUCUUAAAUUCCCCAGAUAUGAGUAACACCUUUAGCAUACAUCAUGUUAUAUUAACAUGAAUUUGAUGCGUUGCUGUCAGCUAUUA